UAUGAACGCCCAUCUCAAAGUAGGAACUGCGUCAAUAACCAGCUACAACACGUGUUUCCUGCGUUGUGAAGUUGCAGGUUGAAAAAUUGCAUGAAGUGAGAACACACAUUUUGAAGUCUGUAAAUAGACAACCUGCCAAGAUGCUAAGUGACAGCGAGGCCAAAGAACUACUUUCAUUCCUCCAUCUUGACACGAGAGCUGAUGUUAGGGGCCAGGCUACAGAGUACAUCCUUGGACUGACGGGGACCAGAGAUGGAUGCCGGUACCUUCAGACGCAACCCGGCUUUCUCAAGGCCCUGAUCACCCUCACGGCAGAUUCCUCUAUCGCCAUCGUUAAGGACUGUUACCAUGCCCUAAUCAACCUUUCUGCUGAUGAAACCCUGCACGAAACUUUGAUUAAAGAGGCAGACAUACUCCCCAUGCUAUUCAGAAAUCUCCUUGACCCGGAGUAUGUGUUCGCCGACCGCAUCUGCACGAUCCUCACAAAUCUGACAAGACACGAGAGAACGUGUAGAGAGGUGUUCAGGGUGAUGCAGGAGCAGGAUGUUGGCCUUGCAAAAGUAGUGGAGAUCUUCUGCAUAGAGGGCUUCAAUAAGAAAGCUUUGCUGCACUACCUGGGGCCCCUGCUGUCCAACCUCACCCAGCUUCCUGAGAGCAGGCACUUCCUCCUGGAUAAGGAAAGGUGUGUAGUACAGAGACUUCUUCCAUUCACUCAGUAUGAGGGUUCAGUCACCAGGAGGGGUGGAGUAGUGGGCACACUUAGGAACUGCUGCUUCGACUACAUGUACCAUGAAUGGUUGCUAAGCGAUGCUGUGGACAUUUUGCCCUUCCUGCUGUUGCCCCUGGCUGGGCCAGAGGAGCUGUCAGAAGAGGAGAAUGAAGGCCUGCCUGUGGACCUGCAAUACCUACCGGAGGACAAAACCAGGGAGGAAGACCCUGACAUCCGCAAGAUGCUCAUCGAGACCCUGUUGUUGCUUACCGCCACCAAAGUGGGACGGCAGAUUAUGAAGGAGAAGAACGUCUAUCCAAUCAUGCGGGAGUUUCAUAAGUGGGAGAAGGAACCACAGGUGAUUGCAUCCUGUGAAAAACUUGUUCAGGUUUUGAUCGGGGAUGAGCCGGAGGCAGGGAUGGAGAACCUGAUGGAGGUAGAGAUCCCUCAAGAUGUGGAGCAGCAGUUGAAGGACUUGGACACUAAAGAGCAGGAGCAGGUGGAGAAGGAGACACUGCUAUUGCUCAGACAGGAGGCUGAAAAGGAGGUUGUAGAGCAGCCGAACAUGCAGAACCCAGAAGGGCUGGAACGCUGAACACAUCUGGCACAUAUCACGAACCCCCAAGCAUUCUCUCAUAACCCACUGUUCAAAAAAGAAAUCUUUAUCAGGAUGGUCACUGAACUGUUUUUAUACUAUCAGCCACCAGAGAGCACAAUGGUGUUGGAUGUUAAUUAAAAAUAACUGAAAUGUUUUGA